AUGCUAUGCCGUUGUUUUUGCUCGAAAUCAGGGACAGCAAAUUCUUGCGAUGCCUCAGUGACACCCAUUGUGAGGGCGCAAAAUUGUGGAACAAAAAAUGACGAUCCACGAAUACCGCUAACACAGAAGCAAAAAUAUGUGUUGACAAAAAAUUGGAAAGGUAUCGAUCGGGAAGUUAGUGCAGCUGGCGUUGAAAUGUUCUUGAAGAUGCUAUCAUUACAUCCGGAAUACUAUAAAAUGUUUCCAUUUCAUAGUAUUGCCACUUCAUGCGAGGAGAAAAAACGGAUGGAUGAAUGUUUAAGGUUACACGGUGAAUCUGUCAUGAAAUUUCUUGGUCAAGUGAUUUCUAACAUUGGAAAUACUGAAAAAUUUUUCGAAUUAAUCAAUCAGAAUGGUCGCUAUCAUGCACACAAAAAAUAUUUCAAACCGGAGUUGUUUUGGGUAAUGGAAGAACCAUUUCUACAUUCGGUGAAAUUAAUAUUGGGUGAGCGUUACACCGAUAAUAUGCAUUCAAUUUAUAAAACAGUGAUAACAAUAAUACUAUCAGAAUUGGAAAAAGGCUGCGAAAGUGAAUUAAAGAACGGACAAAUAGCAAAAGAUUAA